AUGUAUCCAGAAAGUUUUAGUUUUACAGAAAUAACGGUGACAAAGGGUAUCUUCCGGUUGGCAUGCGAGCACGUGUUGCGCACGAUGCGUCGUGGACGUGAAACCCUCCUAACCCUGCUGGAGGCUUUCGUGUACGAUCCCCUGGUGGAGUGGGGUAGCGGCGCGGGCACGGGCACCGGCGGCGGCAAGCGACGACGCACGCAGAGGGAUGUUCGCGCCGCGCUAGCCAUGCUCGCCGUGCGUGCACAGGAACUCAAACAUGACCUGCGACAAGCCACGGAACAAUACACGUCGAUCCUGCCCGAAAUAAAACAGGCGGCUGAAAACUGGUUGAAGGAAGACGAGGAAGUUGCCUCUAUAGAAACAAAAUUAGAGGAAUGUCAACAGCAGAUGGCACUUAUAAAGGAAAUAGAAGCCUUCGGACCAAAUCUGAGUAGUCACCCUUUGUAUGCUAUCUCCCAAAAGUAUAGCUCGUAUAAACAAGCAAAAAAUGCAGUAGAAGAUUCUAUGAAAGCCUUAGUUAAGAUCCUCAACGAUUUCGAUACACAAAUAGAAGCUUUCGCGGAGACCACGGAAGCUUUAAACGGGCCGCAACUGAUGUCAUGGGUCCAAGAAUUUUCAGGAAACAACGACGACGAUGAGAUACCAAUAUUCGAAUAUAUUAAAGAGUUUUUAACUAAUGCAGGUCAAAGCUCAAUGCUGACACAGUGUGAGCAGGCUGAAGCUGAACUAAAUCAAUGCACAAAACAGACGAAAAACCUCGUGCGUUCGUGUUUAGAACUUCUAACGCAAUAUGUCGCCGUUUCCCAGUAUUAUCCCCAGAGUCAUACUGAAUAUCAUCGAAUUGUAAUGUUCCGCAAAUACUUAGCGACGGCACUCGAAAGCAAGUCACCCGAAGUGUGUCGGGAAGUCUCAAACCAAGUCACUGCCCUGUGCUCUGAAACCAACAACGCUGACUCUGCGCAAAUUCUAGCUUAUAACUAUCGUUUACAAGCUAUCCUCGCUGAAGCUAACGUCAACCUGAACAAAGCUAUAGAGAGGUUACAGUUGGAAGGUGGACCAGAUGCCCUGAAUAUCGCUCAAGAAGCGUACAAUGAAGCAAAGACCAAUAUCAGCAAUUGGGUGAGAACGGAAGAAGGAGCAGCGCACGCUUUAGAAUGUGUCGUCGUGGGUAUGCUUGUUAACCUUAACAGAAGAAUUCUGAUGCUGGAAAACGGCGCUCAGAGCGCUGGUGACUGUCUCGUGGACUUAACAUCUAGAGAAGGAGAGUGGUUUUUGGAUGAUAUGAGCGCGCUAUCUAUGCAAGCUGUAGAAUUGUUAUCAUUGCUACCUCUUCAAGCGGCAUCAGCUGAAGAGACCGCUCUACCUUUGGCCGUGGAAUGCGUGCGCAACGCUAAUCUCUUGUUAGCCGACUUGGUGCAACUUAAUUUCAAUUUCAGUACUAUAAUAUUACCAGAGGCCCUAAAGAAGGUACACUCUGAGGAUCCGUCGGUUCUGCUAAUGAUUACAGAAUUAAACACAGUUAUAAUUAAUAGUCCGGUUCCGCUCAAUGACCUACUGACGCAAUUAGAAAUGCACUUGAGAUAUUUAGUCAUGGAUAUGGAGUCGCCGGCGGGGGGAGCACAAGCCGCAGCAGCAGAACUUCGUGCACAGUAUGAAGCGUUACUGUCGGCUGCAGGGGCGGAGGGGCGCGCGGGACAAUCAGCCGGCCGCAUGCUCCUGAUGGGAUUCAACGGGCUGUUCGCGGCCGUCGAGUUGAGGGCGAGGGAAAUGGCCGACCAUCUCACCACGCCCCUGCCGCCCGCCUGGCGCAAGAUAGAUCACAUCAGCGAUGCCGCUCAUAUGUCGAGGCCCAUGUUGCGGUCGGUGCUGGAGGACAUAUUCCUGGUGCGGCGCGUGCAGGCGGUCGCGGAGGUGUUCGCCUCCUGCGUCACCAUGGCGCGCGCAUUCACCGGCACCCUGCCCGCACCGCACGCCGCCCCGCUAGACACAGCCGCCCUAUGCAAGCCAGUGCGCAGGUCAUAUCUAUGCUCUAUGCUAAUAUUAUAAGGCUGAAUUUGGUUGAACGCGCUAAUCUCAUGAACUACUGGUUCCAAUUGAAAAAUUAUGUUGGUGAUAAAUUUUCCGUUUAUUGAGGAAGGCUCUAGGCUGUAUAGCAUCAUGUUAUGAAUAGGAGUGGAGCAGCAAUAGAAAAUGUGCGAAAACGGGAAAGCCAUUCUGGUGAAAUCUGAGUGAAUAUAAAUAUUAUAAAUGGAAUGGUACCUGGAUGGACCGAUUAUGAAUGAUGAAAUAAAAUCUCAAAAUAUCGCAGACUUUGUAUUAAUUUUUAAUCGCCUUAAAAAGAGGAGGUUCUUAAUUUGACUGGUCUUCGUGAGUAGUGGACUGAUUCAGAUGAUUCUUUUUGGAAUUACACCAGUUAUAUAUGUAGCUAAAAUUGUAUUUCGGUUUUUUUAAAGUCUAUGGUCGGCGGAAUACGUAUCUCGUUGUGUGCUGGGGGUGGGGCCGCGCGCGCUCGCUAGUUGCAUCUGUCUGUUGCUGCGACGAGCGCCGCUAGAUCUCGCCGCUGAGGUGGAGCAGAAGGAGAUAGGUAACGUGACGCAUCAUACCUACUAUACGACAAUUCGUCAGCUCGUCACUAGGGUUGCCAACAUUUAUAAGAAGAAAUAGAGUAAUCUAAAUUCCAAGAACGUAUUUAAAGGGUACUGUCUUCUAAAAAAAGAGUAUAAUUUAUAUUUUUUUUGUUUCUUUUAUAUUCGUGAAUGAAUAGACAUUUUGUAAAGACAUAUUUUAUCGUCGUUUGUGUUAUAGAUUUGAGAGUACACCUACAUUCUAUAGAGUAUAAUACUCUAUUUUAAAGUACAGUUGGCAAGCCUACUCGUCAACUGGAUCUGUCUGCUGAUUUGAUGACUAAAAGCAACACAGAAACAAUACUUGAUUGGCGCGUCGUGGAGUGUCCCGCUGGAGUCGUUGUACGAGAAGGCGCGCGUGGUGUGGUCGGCUGGUGUCCCCCCGUCGCGUGUGGAGCGCGCGUGCACGCUGGCGGGCGGCGUGCAGGCGGCGCGCGCGCACCUCUCGCGCGCCACGCACGCGCACCGGGACCACGCGCGCGCGGCCACUGCGCAACACCAUGCGCGGCUGCAGGCGCGCGCGCACACUCACACCCACCCACAGGUAUUUGGUGCCCCCGCGAAUGAGGAUGUAUUUCAAAAAAAAUACGAAAGCACUAUAAAAGCACCUCCACUAGAUGGCGACUCUAGCAAAAGUCGAUUAUUGCAAGAAACGAAUGGACCAAAGACAGUAAUUGCCGUUCCUUUUAACUAACAUAUUAAGAAACUGAAAUUUGAAAAGUUCGAAACUUAGAUAUCAAUACAAAUACGAAAAAGCACAAAUAGAAUAUGAGUUGUUUAUUGAGUGUUGAAAACUAAUUUACUUUUAAACAUGAAAGAAAACCGGAAGGGUUGUCAUGGAGAAAUCAAGAACGCACCGUAGCGACAUCUAGUUUGAUUUCAGGAACAAUUCAUUUUGAAUACUUCCUCAUUGCUAAUGCGCCCAGCCGCCAUUUUGAUGACUUAAUUACGAUAAACACUGGCAAUGUUAUUAAUAAACAAGGUUUAUCUUCAUAGUAACUUUACGUGGAGACUGCACUUAGUAUUAUUCAUAAUUUUUACAAAGACUUAGCAACGGUUGACCUAGUAAGAGGUACAAUGGGGGUAAUAUUUACUACUAGAAGGCAGUAGGUAUCAGUUUGGACUAAUACUAAAAUUGCAAUUUUGGAGUAAAUUUACUCUGGCGCUAAACCUUGUUUAUUAAAUGGCACAGUGGUUGACGGGUACACUUAUUGAGUUGACUUGUGUUGAGAUCACAUAUCAUUUUUGUUAUGUUUUUGUUUGUUUCGAUUGUUAUUAUUAGGUUUUGUUGUUACUUAUUGUGUUUGAAAAUAGCAACUGCUAUUAUGAUUCUCUCAAGUUGACAUAAUUUCACUAAUAAUAAAUAUAUAUCUACUGUCUCACAUUUCGUCAUUCCUUUUAGUUGUUAAAAAACCCGUUCCAAAUAAAAACACUAAAUAUCCCAUUUUCAUAUAAACAUUUAGUUAUUAUAAUUUUGUUUUAUCUUUUACUAUACACGGCUGCACGUCAGAUUACCGCAAUAUAUAUGAAAUAUCUCCCACUUAUAUUGAGGGUAGCUCAAUUACUUAGCUUCAAAAAGAUAAAGAUUGAAUUGAAAAAAAAAAAAGAUUUGCUUAACCUGACGUAUUUUUGAUGACACAGUCAACAGCGCGUCAGUUAUACAAAUUGAAAAAUUUCACAUGCAACCACAUGUUCUUGUACACUUGUGGUGGGCGGGAAUGCGGACCCCAGUCCGAUGUUGGCGCGUCGCGGACGAGAGCUGUCCGCGUGGACGGAGAAAUUGUCCACCGCCGUCACACGCACGCAGGCACUCGUCACUGCCGCACAUCAGAGAGUGAAAUGGGGAGCAGGCGCGAACCCAGCGCUGGGCGUGGUGGUGCAGGCGCUGGAGGGGGCGUGGGAGAGGCGUGCCCGCAGCGCCCGCAUGCUGCUGCCCGCCGCCGACACCCUCGCACGCCGCGCCCGCACCGCCGCCCGCAUGCGGCGCGAUCCCGCCCCGCGACCCGCCCGCCCCGCGCUACACCACUGGCACAAGGCGUGCACUCUAGCGCAGAAGUACGCCCUGCAGGUGACACCGGUGGAGGAGUCGCUUAUGGAAAUGUUACAUCCCGAAGGAAACAUAGAUCAACAUUGGGUUGAGAGUGUGAGCGCUCUAGUGCGCGAACUGUCGGAGAGUCGCGCUGCGGCCGCGGUUGCUGCCCGCAUGCGGCGGGAGGCGGUGUCGCGCGGUCUGCGGGUGGCGUGCGGGGCGGCCCGCACAGCUCACCAAGCGCGCCGCCGUCUGCUGAACGCCGCCGCGCAACCGCUGCAGCAGCUGCAGCCGCAUAGAAAGGUACACUCGCAUCUACUUCACUCUAGCACCAGACAAACCUUCAUAUCUACAUCACUUAUAAAUCACGUCCUAGACAAUACACAUACAAUACAUAUAUUAUUCGGUCGAUUUGCAGCCCGUUUAUUAUCUGUUAUCAUCGUUCAUCAAUUUACGUCCCCACUGCAGGGGCUCAGGCCUUCCUUAUGGAUGGUUAAGGAGGAUGGGCCAUGACUCUCCACGCUGGCCCAAUGCGGAUUGGAGGGUAUUAAUGACUGCAAAUGCAGCCGGGACCAAUGGCUUAACGUGCCUUCCGAAGCACGGAGUAGCUCCAAAUAAUAAUUUUUGGUCACAUAUCCCGUGACCGACCCUUGCGAAAUUUGCUUAACGACUACUAUCGCCGGCCGCGUCGCUUAUCCACUAUGCCACCGAGCUACUCUGUCGUGGUGGGAGCCUAAGUAUCGGGUUGAUGGAAGCUCAUCAACCUCUCAGAACAUUAAAUUCGAAGUUACCAGAUGACCUGAAUUUUCGUUAGCCCAAGCUGUCAAGGAAUAAAAGAAAAAAUGUUUAUUUGGAAUUAAACUAAUCUGCUUAGAAGAGUCGUUAUAUUAGGAGUUUCCUUGUUAAGCUAUGCCUUGUUCGAGGUUAGUGAAAACGAGCGCCAGUGUACGGUUUUAAUAAUUUCCGAGUUUAAAUAUAAGUAUUUUUUUUUUACUAUAAACCCUUUUAUUUAUCCCCACAAAUGAAGUUACGUCUUCCGAGACGCGGUUUUUGAAACAUAGCUUGAGAUACAUAAUGAGGUUUAUUUAUAUAAAAUAUUUUAUUUUUGGUAUAAGCAUCCAUAGUGAUUAUUUUAAAACACUUUCUAAUUUCUCCGUUCCUCUAUUGUAGGGCAACAAUCCGGCGGCUGUGUAUUUAUCGAAGGAGCAGGAGGUGGAUACUCUCGCCGGUGCGUUCAACACGCUGUGCCCGGAGGAGGACGAAGGGGAAGAGGAAAAUGAAGAGGGAGCGGGACAGAGCGCCGUGCUAGAGAGGGAGGGAGUUAUGCAGGCGCUAGCGGCCGCCUUGCAGCUGAAAGACUUAUUGCCCGCACUAGACGACACGCUACUACAGUCAGUAUAUAUACAUCAUUACUUAUGA